AUGGAGAUCGCCAAGAUGAGGGAGGAGUACUUGCAGAACUCUCCAGUCUACCCGUGCUUUCCCAGGAGGCUGCAGCCCUUUCGAGUGGAGCUGUACUUCCUGCUCGAGGAACCCAGCUCAAGUGCUGCUGCCAAGCUCCUUUCUAUUGUGAUCUUUGCAUGCAUCGUCCUGUCAAUUGCCUUGUUCAUGUUGGAGACCAUGCCAGAGCUCGGAGCAGUACAAGAAGAGUUCUGGGUGGCAUCUGAAUGCUUCUUCACCGUUGUUUUUCUCGUGGAGUAUCUCGCCAGACUCCUCGUGUUCGAUGUCACCGGCGUCCCUAUUUGGACGUUCAUCAGGACGCCCAUGAACAUCGUGGACGUGGUGGCAGUGCUUCCUUUUUUCAUGAUCGCGGUCCUGCAGUCGGGUCAAGCCAUAGGUUUCAUCCGCGCAGUGAGGCUUGUACGUCUUUUCCGAAUUUUCAAGCUUGGGCGUUAUUCAACCGGCCUGAAAAUGAUGAUGGUAGCUCUAGGCAACAGCGGGCAAGCACUGAGCGUCUUGGUGUUUUUCCUGGGGAUCGGCUGCGUGCUCUUCUCCAGUGUGGUGUACCAUGUGGAGAAGCUCUCAUGCCCAGACCGGGCUCGGUUCAACCAGACAGAAUUAGCCACCUACCUCCAGGAGUGCCAUAUCACUCGCAAGUCCGAUUUCGGCCUUUGCUGCAAUGAGUUUGAUGCCCCGGUGGAUUUCCCGUCCAUAUUGUCGACCUUCUGGUGGUCCAUCGUGACGAUGACAACCGUGGGCUAUGGCGACACCGUUCCGCGCACGAAUGCCGGCAAGGUCGCAGGCGCCUUUACCAUGUGCUCCGGUAUUCUGCUCCUGGCGCUGCCCAUCGCCUUGAUUGGCGCUCGAUUCCAAGAGGCCUACAACAUGGCCGUGUCCUCCAGGCGGAGCGGGUUUCGGGAUGUUUCGGGACCGGGCAUGACCGACCCCAUGACAAACAUCUUGAACUGUUUAGAGAAUUUCUCUUACUCAUAG